UGACACAAGUCACCCCAGUUCCUGCAUGGAAUGUGGUCCCUAGUCGGAAAGGAGGAAGCUAUCAGAAAAUAUCAGAUAUGGAUAUAAAAUCACGGAAGAAGCUGUUUAAAAAAGUCCGUGGGAAAGAAGUCUACAUGACUGUGGCGUACAGCAGGGGUCAGCCUGUCCUUCCUCCCCGGCUACAUCAUGGCAUUCCAUCAGGACGAUCUGCUCCAAUUCAUUGCUCUCAAAGUGGAGGGCACAUGGCUCCUUACGAACAUUACCAUCCUCAGAAUUCCCAGAGGUCUGGCAGGGGGUAUGGAAUGCCCAGGGGAGCUGACCGGUUUAUAAACAGAAACAACAUGGUCGGGCCAGAAAUGGCAUAUCCCAGUCCGGGCAAGAGAUACUAUCACAGCUAUGAUAAUUUCUCUUACAGGUCUCGGUCGUACAGCCGCAGUCGCAGGCAGAUGCAGUGUGUAAACAAAGAAUGCCAGUAUGGGUUUGCGGCUGAGAAUUGUGAGGAACCUCAAGGCUUGGAAGAGACCAUCACCUUCUAUGAAAUUGAAGAAGGGGAUGACACGACUUUUCCUGCUCAACCUAAUCAGGGUAACCCGCCUCCGAUAGUUCCUGAUCCUGCCGGAUUCUGGGUAGCCAGAAGGGGCCCAACUCCCAUCCCGUCUAACAAGCCGGCUCUAAAUUCCUCUGAGGAAGAAAUAGAGGAGCCUAGUGAUAAUGGAGAAUAUCAUGAGGAUUACCUGUAUACCCCUCCAGGUCAGUAA